AUAAGAUAACAUUGUAAAUCGGAAAUAAAAAUAUUAAAAAUUGAGUAUUUUAAAAAUGUGUAUUUCAAAUCAUAAUACUAAGCGAUUGUUGCAAGCAUUUUUAAUUCAUAUAACGAUUCUCAUAUUUAAUGUUAGCUCCUUACCAGUUGAAAUCGAAGACUAUAACAUGAAACUAUACCAACAAGAUGAUAUUGAUCAUUUAAGUGAAUACAAAAGUUUUCAGAAUAUGCUACACAAGAAUUAUAGAGCUAGAAGAAAUAUUGAAACUGAUCAUGAAAUUGAAGAUAGUUUAAAGGAUAAACUAGCAACACAACAUGAUUCAAAAACUGAACAUAAUAUAAUGAAAGUUCCGAUGAAAAAACCAAAAGAAUUAAUAAAAGUGCCGGAAAAUCAAACUGAAAUCCAUACAGCGGAAACAGAAAAAUAUAUUUCAUCCACGCCAAUUGCGACAACUGCUAAUGGUAACUUAGAAAUGGAAGUUAAAGUGGCAACAGAAAAGGAAAUUUUAAUACCAAAUGAGCAGCAUACCGAGCACAAGGAACACAAAGAUCAUAACAAACAUAAUGAAACAUCAGCAAAUUUUGCAAAUGAGAUCAUAGAUAUUGAUUUUAUCAGAAAACUUGCAUUUUUAAUUUGCGAGAAUGAUCGAUUUAGAAACGAAACAAAAACCAGAAAUGAUUCUAUAAAUCCAGACAGCGAUUCGAAUCAAAAAAUUGUAAACGAUCAUGUACCACACGAGAAUUACAAAGUGCAUGAACAUAGUUGUGAAAAUGGUAAUAAAGAAUGCCAUUCUAAUAAAAAUAAAAACGUUGUCCACAACCCAAUGGAAAUUUUGAGUGAUUUAAUGUACAAUUGUAGUAAAGAUGAUACCAAUAAAACUGAUGAAGCUAGUCUGAAAAAUGAAUCUGAAUAUCGAGUCGAAUUAAGAUUAGAUUAUAUACAUGAUCAAAUAAAACGAAUUAUUACUGAUAUUGAAGAACAUAUGCCUAAAGAAAUUGAAAAGGAGACCAAAAAUAUUACCAUUGGAAAUAAUAGUUUAAGUAAACGAAUUAUUGAGGCAAGUGAGGAAAUUAAAGAAGUUCCAAAAGAAACUAACACUGAAAUUAGCCCGAUACAUAAUAAUUUCACUGAAGACACCAAUAAAGUUUUAAACAUAAACGAUCCUAAAUAUAGAAUCGUUGUUGAUGAAGAAGAAUUCCAUAAUUAUACGGUAAAAGAUUCUUUAAGUGAUAAUGAAAAUUUAAAAAAUUCAACUGACAAUGAAAGUAUAAAAUUCAAUUAUAAUGAUGCUUUACAAUCAAAUGGAACUCAUUCUUUCAAUGACAAAAUGUAUAGAAUAGCAGUUGAUGAAGAAGAAUACAUUGAAUCCAAUUCAACUGAAGAAAUGCCAAAUAAUUCAACAAAUAAUUUAGAUGAUGAAAAUUUAACACGCAUAUCAAUUCAUAUAAAUCCAAAAACUCAAGAAAACACUACAUCGAAUCAACAUAGUAUAAAAAAACGAGAUGAAUCAAAUGAUGGCUUGAAAGAGAAACAACGACAUAAGUCGACAUCAGAAACCAGUACAGCUCCAAAUAUUAAUGACUUGGACCAUCGAAUUGCUGUUGAUGAAGAAGAAUAUAUUGCAACUGUCGAAGAGGCUCCAAAAAUUGUUAAUGACAAUACAAAACGUCCAGUUUUCAAAUUACCUCGUUUACCUAUUAGAAGUAAUAUUCAAAGGGUUCCUUCAAGAAACCAAAAUUUUAAAACUUCUACUGAAAAUACGGCAACUGUGUUAAACUUCAAUAGUGAUGCCAGAGUUUCUCGCAUAUUACAUGAAAAUCGGCAUUAAAUUGGUUAUACAUAACAAUAGUCCAAAAUCUCAAAAAUAUUAUCAAAUAAUUUCAGAAUAAUUGUGGCAGGCAAGUUUUUGAAUAAAUUGAAAUUUGCUAUUCAAACCCAUUUCAGAAUAAACCAAGCAUCACCGAUUUAGAGAAAGUUUUAGAUUAAGUUAAAUUAAAUAAUAAAUUUACUUAUAAUAAAUAUUUAAUUAAAAUCUCACUAACAAAAAAUUUGAAAUGUAGGAAAAAUGCAAAUAAAAGUUUAUACUUCGAGAUUGAAAUAAAUUCCAGAAAUUUGAAAUUUUAAAUAGAAAUGAUUUUCCUACCUUAAUUCCUGAAUCGCAAAGGCCUAAUUUAAAAUAACCGGAAGAAAUCAAUGAAAAAAAAAUUCUGAUCUUUUAAUAAAUUUCCCACAGGACUUAAAGACUUUAAAUUUAAAGACACAGGACUUUAAAGAAAAACUCUUUAAGACCUUUUAGAGGCCUAAGGGCCCGUUUGUUGUUGGACGGAGAUUAUGUUACUCGGA